GCUGUCUCGCUGUCACGGCAACGCCUACCUCUCGCGAGUCGCGACGAGCCCAUCUAAAUCUUACCCCCCUCCCCCCCACCGGCGGCACACCCCGACCACCGCAUGGCGCCGGCGAUGGGGCUGAAGCGGACGGCGGCGGCGGCGGCCGUGCAGACUGUCACGCUGCCCGCGCCCGACGCGCGGGUGGCCGUGCGGGAGGCGGUGCGCGUCGCCGUGCGCGAGGCCGAGGCGCAGGCGCCGGCGAGGGUCGCUCCCACGGCGGCGCCGGCGGCCGCGGUGGACGGGGUGCUGUGCCUGGAGGAGGUGGACGGGAGGCGGUGGAGCUACGUGGUCGACGCCGGCGGGGCCGCGGUGAAGGCCAAGGGGAGAGCGUCCGUGGGCGCCUCCUUUAAGGCUGUGCCGCUCCAGUCCCCGCUGCCGCCCGUCGAGGAAAUAAUGUCCUUUAUAAGGUCAUAUGUUGUGCCCGAAGGCUUUCCACACAGUGUCACUCCUUCAUAUGUCCCAUACAUGUCAUGGAGAGCAUUGAAGCAUUUCUUUGGCGGUGCAAUGGGUGUGUUUACAACAAGAACAUUGCUAAACUCUGUUGGAGUCUCCCAAAGCAGGGCUACAUCCGGUGCUGUGGCUAUCAACUGGAUACUGAAGGAUGGGGCUGGGCGUGUUGGAAAGAUGCUUUUUGCACGCCAAGGGAAGAAAUUUGAUUACGACCUGAAGCAGCUCCGCUUUUCUGGCGAUCUCUUGAUGGAGUUAGGAGCCGGGAUAGAAUUAGCUACUGCAGCGUUUCCACACCUUUUCCUACCAAUGGCUUGCAUAGCAAAUGUUGUUAAGAAUGUUGCUGCUGUCACUUCAACCUCAACUCGCACACCAAUCUACAAGGCAUAUGCAAAAGGAGAAAAUAUUGGUGAUGUUACUGCUAAAGGAGAAAGUGUUGGGAACAUUGCGGAUCUGUUGGGAACUGGUUUGAGCAUUCUAAUCUCUAAAAGCAAUCCAUCACUGGUGACUUCAUUUGCUUUCCUGUCUUGCGGAUAUCUCUUUAGUUCAUACCACGAGGUGCGAUCUGUUGUACUGAAUACUCUAAAUAGGGCUAGAUUCACUGUGGCUGUGGAUUCUUUCAUUAAGACUGGGUACAUACCGACAUUGAAGGAUGGAAACUCACAAGAGACAAUAUUUAAUCCACCUUGGCGACAUGAGCCAGUUGCAAUAGGAUCGAGAUUUGGAGAGGCUUUUCAGGAACCUGCUUCGUUUGUUGCUAUAAAGCCUUUGUUCGAGGAUGAGAGGUAUAUUGUUACAUAUAACCCGACAAAGGACAAGGUAUAUGCUCUGCUCAAGGACCAAGCAAAGCCAGAUGACAUUCUCAAAGCUGCUUUCCAUGCACAUGUCUUACUACAUUUUAUCAAUGCUUCACAUGCUAACCUGAAUGCACGGAAGCGCAUGAACUCCAAUCGGUCGUACCAGCAUAACCCUCUGAACAUGGACUUUCUACCACACAUUGAAGAGUCCUGCAAGAUUGUUAUGUCAUCUUAUGGAGUUUUCAAGAAGAAAGCAAGAGAACAGGGAUGGAUAAUGUCAGAAUCACUGCUUAACCCUGGGCGAGCUCGCUUAUGUGGAGUAGUACCACAAUGAUGUCAUGAUGAAGAUGAUGAGAUAUUUCUUUUUUUUUUCAUACAUUGGAGUCCAGUCCUCUGUGUGUCAGCGAACCUCUAACCAAAAUCAACAAUCAGCUCAAGUACUUAAAAUACAACAAAUUGUCACGGGCCCAAAGGAACAGUACUUGAACCUGGAGCAUUUGACUACAGCAGUCAGCAUGACAAAAAUGUUCCAGGAGGGGUAUGCUGACUCAUGAAGGACUGGUGAAGGGACUACACACUAACCGCGGAAGACUACCUAACAAUCUUUUGUAUAUCUGUGUUCUCGUACUGUAUAAUGGAGACGGCUAUCCUUCCUAAUGUGACCGAACUAAGCGGUCAUCUUCUGAGUUGUUUUGACUGUUUGACAUACAUUCCCCCCCCCCCCCCCUUACUUUGCAAUGCUGUGGUUCUCUUCAUUUCCCUAACUGGGGGUGCUGUAAAUGCCAGUUUUCCAUAAAGAAGAGCUCUGUAUGAUAUCCACAUAUUGAGUCGAACCAAACUGUUUGUGGCUCAUACUCACUUGUGCAAUGUGCAGUUAUGCGUUGACCUA